CCCAACACCAAAUAUACAUGACGCUCUCACCCUCUUUCUCCAUUUAGUUUCUAGUUCAUAUAUUUCACUUCAUAGUGAAGGUUUAUAUUGAGUAUAUGGGAGACAAUGUUGUAGUAUCCAACAUGGAACUAGAGAGGUUACUUUGCAUGAAAGGAGGCAAAGGAGAGGCUAGCUAUGCCAACAAUUCCCAAGCACAGGCCAUACAUGCCGAGUCCAUGCUACACCUUCUGAAAGAAAACAUGGAUGGUGUUCAGCUUCAUGCCCCUAACAUCCCAUUUGUGGUGGUGGACUUGGGGUGUUCAUGUGGCAGCAACACCAUCAACGUGGUGGAUGUGAUCAUCAAGCACAUCAUCAAGCGUUAUGAGGCUUUAGGAUUAGACCCACCUGAGUUUUCUGCUUUCUUCUCAGACCUUCCUAGCAAUGACUUCAACACACUCUUCCAGCUUCUUCCACCGCUAGCCAACUAUGGAGUCAGCAUGGAAGAGUGCCUUGCUGCCAAUAACCACCGCUCCUACUUCGCUGCCGGAGUCCCCGGUUCUUUCUAUCGGAGGCUUUUUCCGGCGAGGUUCAUUGACGUUUUCCACUCAGCCUUUUCCUUGCAUUGGUUAUCUCAGAUACCAGAAUCUGUUCUGGACAAGAGAUCAAGUGCAUAUAACAAGGGGAGGGUGUUUAUCCAUGGUGCUAGUGAGAUGACAGCAAAUGCAUACAAGAAACAAUUCCAAACUGACUUGGCAGGCUUCCUGAGGUCAAGGUCAGUGGAGAUGAAGAGAGGGGGGUCAAUGUUUUUGGUUUGCUUAGGCAGAACUUCAGUGGACCCUACAGACCAAGGUGGGGGUGGCCUCCUCUUUGGGACCCACUUUCAGGAUGCUUGGGAAGAUCUUGUCCAGGAGGGAUUAAUUAGCAGUGAGAAAAGAGACAAUUUUAACAUCCCAGUUUAUGCACCAAGCCUGCAAGACUUCAAGGAGCUGGUUGAAGCAGAUGGUUCAUUUGUCAUAAACAAGCUUGAGGUUUUCAAAGGAGGAAGUCCUCUCGUGGUGAACCAGCCAGAUGAUGCAAGUGAAGUAGGAAAGGCUCUAGCCACUAGCUGCAAGAGUGUGUCUGGUGUCCUUGUUGAUGCUCAUAUUGGUGACAAGCUUAGUGAGGAGCUGUUUCUGAGAGUGGAGCACAGAGCCACAAGUCAUGGCAAAGAGUUAUUAGAGCAACUUCAGUUCUUUCACAUAGUAGCAUCCCUUUCUCUUGCUCUAUGACAAGAGACAGAACAAAGACCCUUUAGAAAAGGGCAUAGUUCUCUUAUCCCUCACUUUUCUUUUUGUGUGUUGUUUUACACUUUUACUGCAUAGAAAGAGUCAAAACACACAAGAGAGAGAGACAGAAAAGAGAGGUUCACCUCUUCCAACCUCUACUUUCUCCCUCUUUUGAGGUGUUUUUUUGUGUGUUCUUGCUGACCAUAGUUUCUUUCUACACACUAUGUGCUUUCUGACUUGUGUCCCCUUGGAUCCGAACUAAGAAAGCUAGGAAACUCUCUUGUUUUCUUCAUAGCUUUUCAUAGUGUGUACAUGUUCAUAUUUUGUGAAAGUAGCAUGAAUGGAACGGUGUGCCUUUUGUACCUAUAACAAGCUGGAAUGUUGA